AUGGAGGCGGAGGUGGAGGACGAGAUACCAGGUAAAAAAAGAAGACUAUGACCAAAUUUUCUAUUCCUUCGCGGGGUUAUAAAUUGUUUGAGUUUAAUAGGCAGAGUAGCCAAGGUAGCAUAGCGUCGGUCCACAGAAAACAUAUUAGCCUCUAUUUGGGCUCGCUGGUUUAUGAUACAUAAACCCUUUAAUCUGACUUUUUCUACUUUCAAAUGACAGUUACGUGUGUAAGACAGAUGUGAGUAAUGAAUCAAAUUAUUUUAUCCGUUCUAUACUUGAAGUCAAAAGUUGUUUUGGACACAUUUCAUGGUUAAUUGGUAAAACUGUUAUUAAUGGGUCUCUACAUACGCCUUUGUGACGAAUAUCUAAUUUGUUUUUAUUCUUGAUUUAUUCUUAAAUGAGUAGUUAUGUUUUGAUAGAGUUUAUGCAUUUAAAUGAGCUCCAUGAUAAUCAGCUGCUUCAUAAAAUUGUUAGUACAAAAUAGUACAGUAAUGUGGUUACACCGUUAGAAAGUAAGUAAACCACUGGUUUAAGAUCAACAAAUAUUUGGCCUUUUUAUUUCUUAUCGACCUUAAACUGAUUCAUUACGUUGGAAGUUUCAUUUAUUUUAUUUUUUUCGAACAUGUGCCAGCAACACGAGAAAGGAAACUGAAAACAAACAAAUAAAACCAAUGAGAAUAUUCAAAAAAACAAUAGCAAUAAUCAAAGUGGGAAAAAAAGUAAUUAUGUUAAUAAAUAAAUAGAUAAAUAAAUAAGCUAAUAAUAAGGUGAAUCCAACAUGUCUGAAAAGGAAUAGGAUGAAGCAUUAUGCUCUUUUUUUAAAACUUAACCCUUAUCCUCUACUCAAUAUACAGUCAGUCUCCAACACAUUUACAAUAUAUUUACAAAAAAUAGAACAUAAAUACAGUAUAUAAUUACAUAAAUCAUUUAUCAAAACACCCAAUGGUUAGAGCCCUUCUUCCUUCCUCUACCUGGUGAAAAUCAUGUUUUUGUGCUGCUUUUUAAACUGGGUCAUGCUUCGGUUAAAUGUCACAUGAAUCAGUUCGAAUACUUCAUUCCUCUUUUUCUGACAGAAUCAGGAGCAAUUUUUACUUUUGGACGAAGCAAAUUUGCCGACAAUGUGCCAAGCAAAUUCUGGCUGAAAAAUGAUGUCCCUUUGGAAAUCGCUUGCGGGGAUGAACACACUGCCUUAAUAACAAGUAAGAGCCAUUUUUUGAAAGUGUAAUAUGGUGAUUGUAAUUCAUACAACUGUUGUUUUUCUGAUUAAUGAGAUUAAUUUUUGUCCCAGUCAAGAAAUCUUUUACAUAAUUGCACAAACUUCAAUGAAAAAUAAUAUUUUUUCACAACACUGAAAUAACCCUGCAAAUCUUUUUGUGUUUGCUUUGCUAGAAAAUGGGAAACUCUUCAUGUUUGGCAGCAACAACUGGGGGCAGCUCGGUUUGGGAUCUAAAGUGACAGUGAACAAGCCUACGUGUGUCAAAGGUUGGUCUUUAAAUAGAUAGCUCUCUGCUCCAUAUUUUAACAGAAAAAGUGAGAGUAUUGUUGUACUAGUAUUAUUCUGAAGACAUGGUGUAAACAUAAAUAUAAACUGUAAAAAUAAGAACAGUCAGAAUUCUAAUCUCAUCACUAAAGAAACCUCUACAUGAGUCUAGAGAGUGGAAGAACCAAGCUCAAAGAGAAACCUAGAGAUUUGUUGCCAUUGUAAUCCCAAUCUGGAGGGUCCCUAAUCUGAUAUAAUCUAGAGAAGCAGAGAGAUUAUUGGUUGCUUGUAAAGUUUCUGGGCACAGCCGCUAGUAUGAAAGAAUUUAAAGUAUAGUAUGAUUAUAUUUAAACUGUAUACCAACCUCUGAUGAAGACUGAGAGGUAGAACUCAAACCUCCAGAGUGAGCCUCUGACUCUAACUCUCCAACGUGUUUUUGUAACAAAGAUUGUCACUGUGUUUAACAAUAUUCUUUUGUAUGUUUGCAGCUUUAAAGUCAGAGAAAGUUCAGUUUGUGGCCUGUGGAAGAAAUCACACUCUUGUCUGCACAGGUCAGUCUCUAAAAAGGGAUUCUGCUUUUAUUGUGAGUCCAAAGCAAUUUUGGUUUGGGUGAGAAAUUUGGUGACUUUUCCUCUCCAGCUCGGGGAAGAGUGUUCUCCUCGGGGGGGAACAGCGAGGGUCAGCUGGGGCUCGGUGACUGUGAAGAGAGGACUGCCUUUCAAAUCAUUCACUUCUUUGACUCACAAGGACCAAUACAAAUGCUUGCUGCAGGUUCAAACACAUCUGCUGCUCUCACAGGUAAAUCACAAAUGUAAAUACUUACCAGACUUUUUUUCAGUUGUAUUUGACAUGUACAUGCUUGAUUUUAGAUUUAUUUGUUUUUAAAGUGGUUGAUGUUUUUGUAAAUUUUCAUAUUUUUGCUGCUUGAAUGAGUUUUCAAUCCAAAGGCAAUAUAAAAUUGACGCUUUGAUUAUGAAUUAUCAUUUUAUUUAUGAAUUAGUCAAUCUGUGUUUCAUGAAAAUAAUUAAAUUAUCACAUUAAGGGUGAAAAAGGAGAACCUAAAGGCUUUAUUUCAUAGAAUAAGCCCUUUUACCAGCCUCCUAUUUUUCAUAAAUAAAGAUCCUGGGUUAAAGUAAGGUCGAGCAAAACCAAGUAAUGCCAAUGAGCUUUUCUCUGACUGUCACAGACAGUGGGAAACUGUUCAUGUGGGGUGACAACACAGAGGGUCAGAUCGGUUUGGGUAACGACAGCCAUGCCUCCUUGCCAAGGGAGGUCAGCGUGGGACGACCAAUUAGCUGGGUGUCCUGUGGAUACUACCACUCUGCAUUAGUGACAGGUAGGCACAGCAGGGGUGUUCCUUAACUUAAUCUUAUUAUUGGUUUAUUAUAAUGUGUCUUCACUUAUGCAUCCAGACUUAAAAGAAUCUGAAACAAAAUCCCUUUUCAGCUUUGAAUACACUCUUUAAGAAAUGUCCGUUCUUAUGAUAUUUAUUUGAUAAAGAGAGUUCAGAUUAAACACAUGAAUCAAUGUUUUCUGUGUAUCAGCUGAUGGCUCUCUCUACACGUUCGGUGAGCGUGACAGUGGUAAACUGGGUCUGGGCACUGAACAGCUGCCUCAGCAUCGAGUCCCUCAGCUGGUGAAGAGCAUCAAGGAGCCUGUGCUGCGGGUGGCCUGUGGAGGAGGACACACAGUGGCUUUAACAGGUAGGAAACUAUAAUCUACAAAUAAAGCUAAAAAAAAAACCCUUCUGAAUGAAUUACUUGAGAGAAACGAAGAAAAAGUUUGUCUUUUGUGAACUUCCUGUGUCUGUAUGUGACCCGUGUUUCAGAGGGUGGCAUGUACACGUUUGGUCUCGGCCAAUUUGGACAACUUGGUCAUGGGACGUUUAUCUUUGAGUCCCGGUUGCCCCGACCUGUUGAUCAUUUCAAGGUGGGCCGAGUGUGUCAGGUGACCUGUGGAGAGAAUCACACCGCCGUCAUCACAGGUGAAUGUUGCCCCUGGACUUCAAUCCACUCCCAUAUCAGAUUCCUGUCUGUUCCUGAGGUCUCUUGUUCUGUUUGACCUUUUAGAAAGUGGUCUGCUGUACACCUUUGGAGAUGGUCGACAUGGGAAACUGGGACUGGGAGAGGAAAAUUUUACCAACCAGUUCAAACCCACACUCUGUCCACGUUUCCUCAAGUACAAAGUUCAGGCAGUAAGUGUUUAAAUCAAGGACACUUUUCUCACGUGUUUGUCUUCUUGUUUAGAAAUUGUGAAAAAAAGAAAAUUCUGCUUAAAUUGGAACAAGCCCUCUGAGAAUAUUUGUUUUUUCACUGUCCAUGAGUGUAUUUAUUACUUCAAAUUAAAAAGGUGUCUAUGUGUAGGCUACAUGUGGCGGUUGUCACAUGGUGGUGUUCGCCCAUCCAAGGGAUCAGAGCUGUGGUGAUGUGACCCUGGAAGAAGACGACGUGACAGAAGAUUAUCUGGAGAGGCCGUAUGUGGAGCUGCUGGGGACUGGUGACUCCUCUAGUCUGCAGAGGAGCCUCUCUGCUCGGGUCCGCAGGCGAGAGAGGGUGGGUACAGGACAGGAGAUACGGACAUAAGUGGUUCAAACUUGGAUUCAGACUUUUAAAUUUCAUUAAAACAGAUUAAAUCAGGACUUAAAUCUCAAAUAAAGAGCAGCCAUCCAGUUCUCUCAAAGUGCACUCUUUCUCCUCUGUAAACUCAUGAGCCGGCAUUCACCUCCACGCUUUCCCCUCGGACUCCAUCAUACAGGAGAGAUCUCCGGACCAGUUCGGCGCCAUGUUUCGCACGCUGCCUGUCAUGGUGACCGGCCACCUCCACCCGCUGCUUCCCAUCUCCAGCCAGACCAUCCCGCCCAGGCUGCCUCCACCAGAGCUGAGCCACAGAAAGGUGCUCAACGGCACUCACCGACACGGGAGUGCAGGGUCAAUGCACCAGGGUACCUACCUCACCUCCAACUCCAACUCCACCUCUUCCUUCUCUUCAUCUUUAGUUUAAUUUUCCUAUUUGUAACUGUUUGUUUAAACUGAGUGGGCAGGAAAGAAAAAAUAUCUGAAAAUAACCCACAAAAGUUAUAAAUCGAACAAAGAUCAUCAUUCAAAGUCAUUUUUAGUCUCGCUAAAGGAGCAGUUUUUGUUUAAAGAUUAGUUUUUCUGACAGCUGAAAGAUGUGUGGAUAAAACAAAGGCUGGAAGAAAAGUUUUUUCUUGUUUUUUUGACACACUGGAAUUAUUUUUUAAUAGUUUUUUCACUGAUUUAAAAAAAAUACUACAGUUCAGGCAGGACAACCCUAAGAAAAUCGGUCACAGUGAGGCAGUUGAACAACAAUUACACACACAAUAUGUUUAAAAGUGACGUCCUGGAUGCCCUGAAUGUUUUAUUCUGUUUGUUGUUUUCGUCAAAGAGUCCGAUGCAGAGCAGAGAAGCCGGAUAAAUCUAGAUUAAUUUGCUGUUUCCUGUCUUCUCAGAGCGGACAGACAGCGUUGUGGAGAGCCUGACAGACACAGACAGCGUUAAAGGUCUGGGAGAAACCACAGACUUCCUCAACAUGGUGAGAAAUCAGUGAAACAUCCUACAUCUGAUCUGAGAAGAGGAACUUGGUGGAUUUUUCGGCUCAUUUUGUCCUUUUUUUCCCCUGCUGAUAGACACACGUGAUGAAGAUGGACCCCAGCGAUCAAACACUAACUUUGUCUCCAGUUCAGAAGGUAACUCGAGUGUCCUGAUGGAACCAAAACUUCUCAAGUUAAAAUGAUUUUUCUCCAUAAACACUCACACCAAACUUUACCUUUACUCUCUUCCAUAUUCAGAGUUAUUAUAAACUUUAUUAGUAGUUUUUAGAAAGCCUAAAAUCAGCCUGAUGAGAUCGAGGGAAGCACAAAAGACCGGGGAGAGGGUUGCAUGUAUGUUUGUUGCAGUCAUGAGUUCACUUUCUCUUCAUUUUUCUCCUUGUCUCUCCUUUUCUUCACUGUGCAUGCCUCUGUUUCAUCCUCUUCUUGCUUUCUGGUGCCGGGGAUAGAGGAAGGGUAAGCAUGGUAAGACUAAAAAAGGGGCAAAAGAUGAGCGUAAAAAGAAGCAGAGUAGUUUCUCUUCUACUCCUUCGUCAGAAAGUCCAGGGCGAGCUUUAUCUGCUGGACUCCUGAGGGGCCACGGCGCUCACUCUUUGGCCCUUAGGAGGCUGAAAACAAGCCAGCAAAACAAAGAGAAUCUGAGCCUGAGUGUGCAAAAGCUGCAAAAGACGCCGAGUAAAAGUAAUCAAACAAGUUUAGGAGACAUUCAGAAGGUCACGUCUAAGCAGCAGAACAGGCAAACUAAGGGGAAAGGACAGCUGAUGGAGGUCAGCAGGAAGCUGGAAACAGACUCUGAACAAAGUGAUGUUCCUGGAGAGAAAGUCUCAGGUGUAGGUUCUGAAUCUGCAGCAAAAGUGAAGCGAGUGCAGUCGAAGUGUGUCAAGAUUAAAAGCAAACCAAUAGCCGUUCAAAGUCAGUAUGAAGCCAACUCAUCUAAAGAAGACACAGAUCUUUCUAAAAAAUCUAAGAAUGAGAAAAACAAAAAAGAGGCUCGGCCGAUGAAAGAGUCUGAACCUGCGGAAGAAAAAAGCCAGGGGUCAAAUCUCGGCCUGCUCGCUGGAGCCACCUCUGUGGCAGCAGGAGCACUUCUAAUGCACGGAGUAAUGUCACAGAGCUCGCAGUCACUGUCAGAAAGCAUCGACAGCAUCCUGAAAGACGGCGCAAAGAAAUCCCAGAGCGAAGAAUCUGAAUCAUGUGACGACGAUUUCAGCAACAAAUCUGCUGUCAGCAUCAACAUCAUCCCUGCGGCUGAAAGUCAGGAUGUCCAGACGAGUCAGAAAGAAACGAGUGAGGAUGAAAGUGAGGAGGAGACAGACUCUGUGACAGUCAAACAGGAGGAAGAGGAGGAUGAGGAAGGGCAGACGACGGGUCCAGAGGUAAGCGAGGCGGAAGAGGAGGAGAAUGUAAGCCAGAGUGCUGAGAAAGUUACAGAGGAAGAGGAUGAAGAGGAAGACGAAGACACUUUGAAAUCAGAGGAAGAGGCAGAAACUGAUGCAGGGAGCAAGAAUAAAGAGGAAGAUGAGAGCAGUGAUGAAGAGGAGGAGGAGGAAGAAGAAGAUGAAACAAGUGAAGUCACAGCAGGAAGUGACAGCAAAGAUGAGACAGCUGGGAGUGAAAGCAUAGAAAGUGAUGUAGAAGAGGAGGAGGAAGAAGAUGAGGAAGAGUCAAGUCAAGAUUCAGAGAGCAAGGGUAGUGAGGAGGAAGAUGAGGAAGAAGAGGAAGAAGCAGAGAGUGAAAGUGAAUCUUUGGUGUCUUCAGAAAAAAGCAAGGACAGUGAUGUAGAGAGUGAGACAGAGGAAGAGGAUGAGGAGAGUACUGCUAAGGAGGAAGAGGAGGAGGAGGAGGAGGAGGAGGAGAGUACUGCUGAGGAGGAGAGCAGUGAGGAAGAAGUGAGUGAAAGUGAGACAGAGAGUGAACAAGAGGAAGAAGAGGAGGAGGAGGAAGAGGCGGAGAGUACUGCUGAGGAGAAGAGCAGUGAGGAAGAAGUGAGUGAAAGUGAGACAGAGAGUGAACAAGAGGAAGAAGAGGAGGAGGAGGAGAGUGCAAACCAAGAGGAGGAAGAAGAGAGUAAUGAGGAGGAGGAGGAAAAAGAAAGUGAUGAAGAAGAAGAUCAAAAAAGUGACGGAGAGGAGGAAAAGGCAGACAGCACAGAAGAAGAAGAGGAGGAGGAAGAAGAGGAGGAAGAGGAGGAGGAAGAGGAGGUUGUCAAAAAGAAAAAGUCAGCUGAAGUGAAAAGACAAAGUACGAAAUCUGGACUCAAACUGAGGUCAGGGGUCAAAGGUCAGGCAGCAGGGGAGUCCGAGGAGUUCUGGGAUGAUGUGUUACCACAGUACCUCAACCUGAAAUAA